AUGAACACGAUCCCUCGUUUCUUCAAAUCCGUUUCUUCGAGUCUCCACCACCGAGUUUGGAGCUCGUUCAAGAAGAGAGUCCCAAAUACAAAAACUGCUUUCGGAUGGACUUCUGUUGGAUUGGGCAUGGGAUCUCUCUAUUUGUUCCAUCGCCAACUGCAACUUUCACAACACCAUUUGAUACUCUUGGCCGAAGAAGACGAGAAGAGAGAGGAGAACUUUUACGGAGAGGAUCAACAACCUUCACAACUCCAAUUCAUUAACUCAACGUGUGCCUCGGUGUCAUCCGUUCCUGGAGCUGCUGGAGAAUUUGUCAACGGAAGAGAGGAUCUUCCAGUUGUGGAAGCGGAACUGACGUUUGCACCCAAUGUUCCUCCACCCAUUCAAAGAGACUAUCCUGUUCGACUUGUUGUCAAUUUGGAAACCACCGUUGUGGUUGGAAAACUGUCACAACAGUACAAGUAUGAAUUUUGGACAUUUAAUGGAAAAGUUCCUGGCCCAUUUAUUCGAGCUCGAGUCGGAGAUGUCAUGCAAAUUAAUUACACAAAUAAGGAUGAAAAUGGAGUGGGUCACAACAUCGAUUUCCAUGGAGUGACAGGUCCAGGUGGUGGCGCUGAACUAUUAUUCGCAGAGAAGGACGAGACAAAAACUGCCUUUUUCAAAUUGCUAUAUCCAGGAUUGUUUAUUUAUCAUUGUGCAGCCGGACCUGUUCCGACUCAUGUGGCCAAUGGAAUGUACGGCUUGUUGUUGGUAGAACCUGAAAAUGGAAUGUCCAAAGUAGAUCGAGAAUUUUAUGUCAUGCAAAGUGAAUUUUAUGGAGAACCUUCGGAUGACGAUCCCAAACUUUUGGAAUAUUCCUAUGUCGAUGGAUUCGAUGAACAUCCAUCCUAUGUGGUUUUUAAUGGUCGAGAAAAUUCUCUCAUUGAAAGUCCUCUCCAAGCUCGAACCAACGAAAAAAUUCGAAUCUUUUUUGGAAAUAGCGGUCCUAAUCUCAACUCUGCAUUUCACAUUAUUGGAACAAUUUUCGAUAAGGUCUAUCGAGACGGAGAUAUCGUCAGCAAUCCUUCAAGGUUCCUACAAAUCGCAUCGGUUCCUCCUGGAGGCGCCUCUGUUCUGGAAUUUGACACUGUCGUGCCUGGAAAUUAUACCUUGUUGGAUCAUGCAAUAUUUAGAUUGGAUAAGGGAGCAACUGGUUUUUUGAAAGUAUCAGGUGACAAGCGACCUGAUAUUUAUGAAGGAACGGAUUUACCUAAACGAUGUCCCAAUUGUAAAUUACAUAACUAA